AUGGAGAAUCGAGAUAAACAUACAACACAAUCUGAUUCUAAGGUUGAUGCUAAACUAUUGAAUGGACUAGAUACUCGGUUACAUGUCGCAAUUGAUUUCGGAGCUUCUUUCAUUAUUUCCGGAAUUUUGGCAAUCAUAUUUAGAAGUAUGACUGCGCCGCUAGAAAGGAUUAAAUUGAUUUUACAGACACAGGCGAGUAGCCGUCAAAUAGGAAUUCAGAAACGAGCUCCAUAUAGUGGUGUUUUAAAUGCAUUUAUUAGAAUACCUAAGGAACAAGGAUUCUUAUCUUUAUGGCGCGGAAAUCUCCUCAAUGUUUGUCGAUAUUUUCCAGCUCAAGCGAUUCAUUUUUCCUUUUAUGACAUAUAUUACGAAAUUUUUCGAAGAAUAAUUCCAUCGGGAACUUACAAUCACAUCAUUUUGCCAUUUUUGACCGGUGGUUCUGUCGGUGCUACUUCCACUAUGAUACUCUAUCCCCUUAAUUUCUGCAAUACACGAAUAAGCGUAGAUGUCGGCGAUGACAAGAUUAUUAAGAGAGAAUUUUCCAAUCUAAAAGAUUGCUUAACGAAAGUUUAUAAGAACGAUGGUUAUAGAGGUUUUUAUCAAGGAUCGUUCUACAUGGCGAUCGCGCACUCCUCGUACAGGUCUGUUUACUUUGGUGGUUAUACAAUUGGUAAACGAAUAUAUUUGAAUAAUUCUUUACAAGAUGAUAAAAAUUCUCAUACAGUAACUGUACCAUUCUUAGUAUCCUUGUUGCUUGCACAAUCAUCAUCUUGGGCCGCGAUAGUUAUAGCUUAUCCUUUUGAUACAUUGGCCAGACAAAAAAUGCUUUGGAGCGGACGUAAUGCAAUUGAAUAUCCGCCAAUGCGACAUGUGAUGAAUAAUAUUAUGGCAAAAGAUGGCCUAUUUGGUUUUUAUAAAGGUGUACAAGCUAAUUUAAUGACAACUAUUUGCGGAUCUUCAGUAUUAGUUACAUAUGAUAUUGUUAAGUUCCGCUUUGAUAAGCUAAUGGAGUCAUAUUCCAAAGGAUAAAUUCAAGAUUUGAAAAUGAGUAAGAAAGUUGGAUAUAUAAAAAAAUAUGAAAGAUAAAUUUGAGAUUAUAAAUUGUUGCUUUCUAUAUAUAUAUAUAUAUUUAAAAUAAGCUUAACCAGCUUUACAUAAAUACAUAAUUGUGGAAAAAAAAUAAAUAAUUAUAUAACAUUAUUUAUGUUUAUAUAAAUUUUAUAAGAUUAUAUAAUAUAUUUAUACAAUCAAUUGUAUUUUCAUUUAAAAUUAUUUUAACAUUAUUUUAACAUUUUUAUAUAUUGAUUUGAUAUCAUAUAGUACAUAUGUUUGAAAAAAAUGUUAAAAAAUAAAAAAUUUUUUAUAAAUGAUAAUUACAAAAUUUGUAAAAAAAAUUACGAUGAAAUAUAAUAUCAAUUUAAUGUUGUAAA